CGUGCAUUGUGUUUCUAAUCUAAUCUCUCCUGGAUUAUUUUCAAGCUAUUCCUAGUCAGAUGCAUGAGCGGGGCUUUUUUUUUUCAUGUUUAGAGAGUUUAAAACGCAGAAUUGUAAUACUUUAUUGAUUCGGUUUUGAAGAUUCCGUGCUAAAUACUGCUAAAAGAUUUUAAACUAGCAACAUCACAACAGCUCCUGCUACAGCAGGCAUGCUAGCACCUAUUAGCAACCUAGCCGUGUGAACGUUAGUUCGUGUGGGUUUUCAUGAGACUGCAUUGCUAAAACAAUGGACGAUUCUGGCAUCAAGAAGCAGAACUGGGACGUGAAGGAAACUGAGUUGUUUCUGGAAAUUCUCAAGGAGCUGGACAUGAAGAAGUGCUUAGACGGAAGGAAAGUGAGGAAUAACAAACUGUUCAAAGUGGCACACAGGAGAAUGACAGCGGCUGGUUAUCACAGAUCCGUGGACCAAUUAAAGUUUCGCUGGAAACUUCUCAAAAGCGCAUACUACAAGUGCAAGCGAGAGCCCGACUCCCCGGCCCCAACUAAAAUACAGGGCUGGUGGCGCUAUGAAAAGACGAUGGUCGCUAUUAUGGAGUCCAGACACCCUCUGGUGGGACCCGGGGUUAACUCUGACAGAAACGACGAGGUGACAGAAGAGUCAGAUGGCGAAGCAUCAGUACUACACUGGCCGCAGCCCUGCACGGACAAUACCACCCAGAACCUGGAUUUAAUUGUAGGGGUGAUAACCGUGGAGGCGGUGUCGUAUGUAAUUUACGAUGGCGUAGGAGGGCCAUUGUAGGUAUUAAAAUAACUGAAAUAUGGCGCCUGGGAAGACGGAGAUUAAUUCCUUGGAAAGUCAAAAUUUCGCAAAGUAAACGUGUCGGAUAUUCUAAUUUAAAGAUAUAAACUUAUGCAACUUUCAAAAGGGAAGACGUUCAAAUAUUCUGGCAGUAUAAAGCCCUAAAUUUAAAAGGAGAGAACCGGGAUACAGUAAUGUGCAAAAGUCUUGAGUCACUUCUCAUUCAGUUAUUUUGCUAGGAAAAUGUGAAAUGGGUGUGAUGAAUUAUUGAGAAAUCAAAGCAUGCAUGAAAAUGCAGAAUAUAAGGCAAAAACAGUUUGUACAACUCUAACAAGCUUAAGUCUGCGUUCUCGUAACUCCUUUGUCUUCAAGAAUAGAUCUCCAGGCUUCUUGAAGGAAAUGUUUGCUGCUUUUUGCCUCCGUUAAGAUGAUCCCACACUGCCUCAGUAAUGUUGAAGUCCUGGGGAGAUCAGUCCAUGACUGAUCACGCCCCAUUGUCUUUUUUUUUCCCCAUUAUCCAGUUAUGCUUUUACUGCAUUGGCCAUGUGUCUGGGCUUUUGACCUGUUGAAAAAUGAUGCCGUUGCCAGUCAGGUUUCUGAAUAGUAUUGCA